CAAUAAAAGACUGAGAGUGAUCACCUGUGAAUCAGUUCUGUGGACAGUCAGUGAAUCAACCAAGAAGAUGAUUGUUUCCAUUUGUCUGCUGGUGUUUUUCUGCUGCAGCCUCAAUUUUGCCCAACCUGAAGAUGGGUUGAGUGUUUUUAAGACAGAGUUUGAUGCACUGAAAGAAAAACUGGAAAUUUUGGAAACUAAGCUGAGAGACACUGAAAUGAGGCAGAUCAACUGUGUCAGCCAGAUUGCUGAACUGAAGAAUGAAGCAGAAAAACUGCAAGCUAUUGAAACCAGACUAAACAACAGUGAAAACCAGAUUAUGGAUCUGAGAACCAAAGAGAGAACCAAGGUAAUAUUCAGUGCAGCAGCAGGUGGCAGUGGAGCCAUCGGACCAUUUAGCACAGACACGGCUUUGAUCUACAGAGCAGUGAUAACAAACAUCGAUGGUGCCUACAGUCCAUCUACAGGUAUCUUCACUGCACCGGUUGCAGGUGUUUAUUACUUUACCAUCUUCUAUCAUGCUGGUGGAAAGUAUGAGGGAAAGCUUCUCUUGUUCAAGAACAGCGAGCUGAUGGUCAUGACCCAUGAUCACAAGUCAAAGUCUGAUUCAGCUGAUAAUGGAGGAAAUGCAGUGUUCCUGCAGCUGCAGCAAGGUGACCAGGUGUAUGUCCUCUUAAAUGCAAACUCUCAUGUUUGGGGAUCCUACCACCACACAACUUUUAGUGGUUUUCUGGUCAGUCAAUAGUGAAUGGAUAAAUCAUUUUCUAUUUUAUCUUAAUACAGAGUCAAUAUCUUCAAACACAUCAAUAAUACAUUUGUGACCAUCAGAAUUUAAACUCAGUUACUCAUUUUGUAAAUGCAGAGAAAUAAUUCACUUUUUAUUUACUGCAUUGUGUUAUGAAGCUGACAGUUUUGUCUCAUAAACAGAUUUAAAGCAGAUAAAAGCUGAACCCAGAAUGUUGUUUGUUUGUAGGAAGUUGAACAAAUGUGUCACCAAAUUGUAACUUUGAACACUGGAUGGAUUAAAUUUCAUGCACCUCCAUGCUCUGUAAUAGUUUACUGCUGCAUGUCAUGAAUAAUGUCAGUAAUCUGUACAGUGUGUAUUUGUCUGUCUAUAAGCCAUUGAUAUUGAUAUUCUGUUGUACAGUCACAAGGAAUAAAUACACUGAAAGACUGUUGAUAAAUUGUGCUUUUAAAGCUGUUCAACAUGAUAAUAAACUUGAAUACUGUCAUGUUUGAACUCCAUAUAAA